AUGGCCAUGACUUCUGUCCGGCUCACUUUUUCCUAUCUAUUAAGCCCAUCAAGCCCGAAGGUGGUAGAAUAUCCUCCUGUCAAUGUGUCUAAGCCUCCUAAGAAGCAACGCGUAUUCCAUGCAUCUCAAAUCCCCGCGUGGAUGCAAUGGGACCCCUAUAUCAUUCACGGGUAUCGGGCUCAGUUAGACAGCUAUGGACAGUGUUUCCGGUCUUUGUUCUACCUACACAAUGAAUCAGUCAACACUUGGUCUCAUAUCAUUCCUGGCAUGUACUUUCUCACAUUGCUUCUCGCAAUCGACUAUUGGAUCAUUCAACUGCCGCUUGAGGUGCCUGUGAUUGAUAUUCUUGCUAUCCAGACCUAUGUUGCUGGGACGGCAGGAUGCCUGAUCUUUUCUGCCGCAUUCCAUGCCACCAAUGCUCAUUCACCUGAAGUCGCUCACGCCUUCUUGAAGCUUGACUAUCUGGGGAUUGUGAUGACCAUUACAACCACAUGUAUCUCAGUGACCUAUUUUGCCUUAUACGGCUAUCCCGUCUUGCAAGCUACAUAUAUCUUCUUCACGCUGCUCUGUGCCGCCAUGAUCUUUUGGGUUGCGCUAGAUCCCCGGAUGGAUGGUGCACGUGCUGGUCCAUGGAGGGCAGCUGUGUUUUUCCUCCUGGCCACGAGUGGCUUAGCCCCCAUUUUUCAUGUUGUGUGGGCCGAGGCUUCUUCCGGCCUAAUUCGCAUUCCUCUGGACAGUCUUACGGUGACCUGCUCGUCAUAUGCCGUCGGCACGGCAGUGUACGUCACCCGGUUUCCAGAAAAGUUUUGGCCAGCACGAUUCGAUCUGAUCGGUGCGAGCCAUCAAAUUUUCCAUGUCCUGGUUGCAUUUGGCCAGAUUGUGCACUUGUUCGGGCUGCGGGAGGUGCUUCUUCGGGUCCACAUGGGCAUGUGCGCAAUAUAG